ACCAGAGAACUUUGUACCAAAUUCGGAGAGAUAUUAUGUCAGGAGUAAUAAGAAAAGAGUUCCUCUUGGUUCCAUUCUUGAAUUUCCAGCGGAAACAUGUGAAGAGAUAAACGCCAGCGAAGAUGGAAAAGCGAAAAGUGGCGAGUACUGGAUUUAUUCCGUUAUAACGGGAAAAACUGCUCUGGUUUCUUGCGAUAUGGAACCAGAAGAUAUUGACGAAUGUGCCAGCGGUGUUCACAAUUGCCACAGUUCAGCUUCAUGUACCAACACUGUAGGAUCGUUCAAGUGCUCAUGUAACCAGCCCUACAUAGGGGAUGGAAAAUCUUGCAUUCCUCUCCCAUCAGAGUGUCAAAACUAUCAAAGUCUGACUGGGUCAGACAGAAAGAUAACCUAUGGCAAUCAAAACACGGUUUGUGACAGGGGUAUUCAUGGUUGGUAUCGCUUUGAAGGAGCAGCAGGUACAAGAAUGCCUACUUCAUGUCCACCAAAACAGCGAUGUAACACUCACGCAUCCGGUUGGCUAAAUGGUGCUCAUCCCACAGUGGCUGAUGGUCAGGUCACCAGGACAGUUUGCUUCCACUGGGGGUCAAACUGCUGCAACUGGUCAAGAUCUGUCAACUUGAUAAACUGCGGCGAUUACUAUGUUUACUACAUAACUGGCACACCCGCAUGUUCCCUCCGCUACUGCAGCACAGACUAA